AUGGUUAUUAAAAAGAGACCAUCACAAAACAUAGAUAACAAAUUAAUUGAAAGAAUUGAAGCGCUCGAUUUCGACAAUUCAGAGUUUGUAGAUGUUGACGAGAUCUCCAAUGCUCUUAGGCAAAAGUAUAGUGAAUACAAUAGAAAACCUGCUAAAGCAUUUCAAAUUAUUGUUGAAAGAGCUGUCGAGGUAAUGUUGGCAAGAGCUGCUGAUAAUGAAGAUGCAGAAGAUGAUGACCAAGUAGAAAGUGGUGAUCAAGGUGAUCAAGAUCAACAACAACAACAACAACAACAACAAGAUCAACAAGUAGUACUUAUUGAAGAUGAUGAUAAUAGUAGUAAUAGUAAUAAUAAUAAUAGUCAACAAGAUGAUAAAAUGGAUACUAGUACUCCUGUUAAAUCAGCAACCACUGGUAACACUGCUGCUGGUAGCUCACUUAACAAUAGAUUAACAGAUAAAUAUAAACAAGUAUCAUCAACCAUACAAUACAAAGAAGAAGAUUUCAUUCCUUUAUCAACUGCUACUUCACAAAAUCAAAAUGGUAAAAGAAAUAGAGACAACAAUAAUAAUAAUAAUAAUAACAAAAAUAAUAAUCAACAAAAUAAUAAUAACAAUCAAAAUAAUAAUAAUAAUAAUCAAAAUGAUAAUAAUGGACUUGGUAAAAAGAAACCAAGAAAAUCAAUAUCACAAUCAUCAUCUUCUUCAUCAUCAAAUGGUAAUAAUAAUGAUUUAAAUAGAAUUGGAGUUGUACCAAAUGUUGAUUUUAGUUGUAUUGGUGGAUUGGAACAUGUUAUUAAAGAGAUUAGACAACAAAUUGAAUUCCCACUAUCACAUCCUGAAAUCUAUCUUCAUUUGGGUGUUGAACCUCCAAGGGGUAUCUUGUUGCAUGGACCACCUGGAUGUGGAAAGACAUUGUUGGCAAACUGUAUUGCUGGUGAACUCAAGGUACCACUCAUUUCAAUUAGUGCCCCAGAAAUUACUAGUGGUAUGUCUGGAGAGUCUGAAGCAAAGAUUAGACAAUUGUUUGCUAGUGCCGUCGAACAAUCACCAUGUAUAGUAUUCAUCGAUGAAAUCGAUGCAAUUGCACCAAAACGUGAAAAUGCCUCAAAGGAAAUGGAACGUCGUAUCGUUGCUCAACUCCUUACUUGUAUGGAUUCUCUUACCCUACAAUCAAAAGGUAAUACUCCAACAAAACAAGAAGAUGAUUUGGAUUUCGAUGAGAAUAAUGGAGAUGUAUCUGUACCAGUACCCGUUAAAAAAGGACAUAUUGUUGUAAUUGGUGCAACAAGUAGACCUGAAUCAUUGGAUCCUGCUUUACGUAUGGGUGGUAGAUUCGACAAGGAGAUUACAUUGGGUGUACCUGAUCAAGCUGCACGUUCACGUAUCCUACAAGUCAUCACUAGAAAGAUGAGAUUGGCUGCUGGAUUUGACUAUGAAGAGAUAUCUAGUCUUACACCAGGGUAUGUCGGUGCUGAUCUCAAUCUACUUGCACAAGAAGCUGCCACCUUUUCCAUUAUCCGUGUGUUUGACCAAAUGUCUGGUACCGGUUUGGGUGUAGAUGGUGUCGCCAGUGCUCUUGGUGCUGCUAUUGCCAGUGCUGGAACAUCGGGCAUGUCGGUCGUUGAUUUCCUCAAAGACAUGAAGACACCGCUGAGCAAGGAACAGUUGGAAAACAUGUACAUUGAAAUGGACGAUUUCAAAAAGGCAACUAAAAAGGUACAACCCUCUGCCAAACGUGAAGGUUUUGCCACUAUUCCCAACGUUACUUGGGAGGAUAUUGGUGCUCUAACUGGCAUUAGAGAAGAGUUGACCAAGACUAUUCUCCGUCCCAUCAAAUACCCAGGUAUCUACAAAAAGAUGGGUAUUGACUCACCUGCCGGUGUACUCAUGUACGGCCCACCAGGUUGUGGUAAGACCUUGCUCGCCAAGGCCGUCGCUGCAGAAUGUCAAGCCAACUUUAUCUCUGUCAAGGGACCGGAACUACUCAACAAGUAUGUCGGUGAGUCUGAACGUGCUGUGCGUCAAGUGUUUUCACGUGCCUCUGCGUCGGCACCAUGCGUCAUCUUUUUCGAUGAGUUUGAUGCUCUUGCACCCAAGCGUGGGUCCGAGGGUAGCCAAGCCACCGAGCGUGUCGUCAACCAACUGCUCACCGAAAUGGACGGUCUCGAGAAACGUAGUGAAGUGUUUAUCGUCGCUGCCACCAACAGACCCGAUAUUAUCGAUCAGGCUAUGCUCCGUCCCGGACGUCUCGACAAACUCCUCUACGUUCCACUACCAACACCCCAAGAACGUGUCGAUAUUCUCCGUACGCUCACCAACAAGAUUCCACUUGGCCAAGACAUUAAUCUCGAGACUGUUGCCCACGACCAACGUUGUGAGGCCUUUUCAGGUGCCGAUCUAUCGCUCCUUGUCAAAGAAGCCGGUAUGUCUGCCUUGGACAGAGGAUUUGAUGCUCUUCAAAGCAAUCCCAAAACAUCGACUGCCACAGCCAACCAUGUCAUGUCACCCGUUUCAAUGGCCGAUUUUGACUAUGCACUCACCAAGACCAAACCAUCAGUUUCUAAAAAGGAUGAAUUAAUGUAUCAUAAAUUAUAUUCAAACAUUAAACAAUCAAGACAAGAUAAAAAACAACAACAACAAACUAUUACUUUAAAUAAUCCAAAUAUUCAACCAAUUCAACAACCAAUCAUUGAAAAUAUUAAUAUUAAUAAUAACAAUACUGAUAAUACUACAAAUCAACCAAUGGAUUUGAAAUAA